GAAAGGAAUAAAUCACUCCCUCUCAGCAAGCCACUGCGCCAUGAAUCAAGAAGAAAUUGCUGAAAAGUACAAGAACCAGUUCGUGCCUGAAGACUAUCCCGAGGCUAUGCAGACGGACAUUCCUUCUGUCUACGCCUUUUAUCAAAGAGAACUGCACACCAUAUUCAGCUCCCCAUCGUUCUAUGGACGUAAGCUUCUGGACGUCGGUUGUGGCCCCACAGUUCACACCGUUUUCCCGGCUACAAAAACGAUGGACGACAUUGUGCUCAGCGAUUUCUUGCCUCAGAACAGACUGGCAGUGGAGAAAAGGCUCCAGAAGGCUCCAGCGUUAGACUGGUCUUUUCAAAGCGAAUCCUUGGCAGCCCUCGAAGGAUUCACAGACGUUAAGAGCGGAGCGAGGGAGAUCGAAGAAAGGACACGAAGGGCCAUCAGAAAGGUUAUUUUCUGCAAUGUCCUGGAUCCUCAGGUGCUACCGGAAGAACACAAGGAAUCAUUCGACGUGGUUCUGACCAGCCUAUGUUUGGAGACCGCCAGCUCGAAUGAAGAAACAUAUCAGAAAGCGAUUCAAAAUCUUAGCAGUCUAGUCAUCGACGGAGGUCAUCUGAUCGUAUGUGGUAUUUGUGGAGCCAACAAGUAUUCGGUUAAAGAAGCCAGCUUUCCCGUCAUUUCCGUAACCGUGUACUUGGCAAAAGAGUCAAUCGCUCGUUCUGGAUUCAAGAUAGAGCGUUGCAGCUUGCUUCAGCGAGACGCGUCACAUGCCAAGGACACGUACUAUUGGAAGCACGCGUUUGUAAUUUUAGCUCGUAAGCCUUAACGGGUUUCAUAGUGUUUUUUUUUUUUAAUCUGUAGUUUGUGUUCUAAUCUUGUCCUUCAUAUAUUUCUGAUUAUCAGAUGUGCACAUGUCGAGGGAUUAGAGGCGUGCAAGUUGUGGUUUAAUUCGAAUGGCGUUGUAUCACUCAAAGCCUUCAUUGUACGUUGGAGAGCCACGACAACAGGUUCUCUUCAAACCGUUAAAGCUAUACGAAUGGCACUGGAUAAUUAAAUUCAAACCCUUGUUUGCACACCCGAGGUAAUGUGUCAGUGUCUAGAUGCCCAAUUGAAUCAUCAUAAUACUGCAGAGAAAAAUGUUAUCUGGUUCAAAGAUUGUGCUGUGUGACUCCUAAUAUAAGCAGCACUUUAUAAAUUCAUCAGUGUUCAUCCAAAUAGAAA